CCUGUCCCCAAAUUAAUAUAAUUGGUUCAGAGUUUGUUUUGAUAUUUCAACCUGUGUGUUGUGAUCACGUUUGGUGUAGGGGGACAAAAUCAAUUUUCGCAUGAUUGCACGCACAGACGGUUUGGGUAUGGUUUUAGUCUCUGCUCAGUAAGAGGAAGAAAUGGAGCUCAGUUUGAACACACAAACAUGUAAACAUCACCGCCUAGUGAGAGCAAGAAAAGAAGAGGGAAAAGAAGACAUGCUGACAGGAUUUAUCACAAGUUAAAACUACGUUCUCCCACAGGAGCCCUGCAGCCAAUCACACUCACAGUCAAAAAAUCUGACUCACACACCAUGGGCCAGUUUCCCUUACACAGAUUAAGCCUAGGCCCUGGACUAAAAAGCAUUCUCAAUGGAGAGAGUGUAUGUUUGAAUAAUAAUGUGUGUGUAAUUGAGUUUGUGUUGCAGGAUGAUGCAGACGACCCUGUUGCUGUGUUUGGGGUUCCUCCUCUCCCUUUCUUAUGCUCAGUUGUUGGAGACAGAGGAGGCAGGAGGGGAAGAGGAAGCUGUGGAGCUCUUUACCACACCCAGAGCAAAGAUGGCCGCUGCCACCUCUGACUUCGGCUACAACCUGUUCCGGGCCUUGGCGGGUCGCAACCCAAAGACUAACGUGUUGGCCCCCAUCAGCAUCUCUGCAGUGGCCCCCAUCAGCAUCUCUGCAGUGCUCACUCAGCUAUCCAUGGGAGCGUCUCCGGAUCGUUCAGAGAGGUGGUUAUACAGAGCUCUGAGGUAUCACACCCUGCAGGACCCUCAGCUCCAUGACACACUCAGAGACCUACUUGCAUCACUCAGAGCACCUGGCAAAGGCCUCAGCAUCGCUGCACGUGUCUACCUGGCCCGCAGAUUGCGUCUGAAGCAGGAAUACUUUGGCGUGGUGGAGAAGCAGUAUGGGGUGCGGCCCAAGACUCUGAUGGGCGGGGCUAAAGAUGUGAAUGAGAUCAAUGAUUGGGUCAAACAGCAGAUGGGUGGCAAGGUCGACCGCUUCAUGUCCAAGGCCCUGGGACGGAACUCUGGUGUAGUUCCUCUGGGCACCGCCUACUUCAAAGUGAAGUGGAUGACUCGGUUCAGCAAGAGUGGAGUGAUGGAGGACUUCCAGCUUGUUGGAGAGGCUCCUGCCCGCAUUUCCAUGAUGCAGCAGGACAAUUACCCAGUGAAGAUGGGUGUAGACCCAGACCUGGGCUGUACAAUUGCUCAGAUCCAGAUGCAGGAUGACGUCAGCAUGUUUGUGUUCCUUCCUGAUGAUGUCACUCAGAACAUGACCUUGGUGGAGGAGAGCCUGACAGCUGAGUUUGUUCAGGACCUCUCCAUGACCCUUCACCCCGUGCAGACGGCCCUCACACUGCCUGUCCUAAAAUUCAGCUACUCCACUGACCUCCUGGCACUGCUCACUGACCUGGGUCUCGACGAAUUUCUGGCAGACACGGACCUGACCAAGAUCACGUCUCAGGCGGCGAAACUCAGCAGCCUCAAUCAUAAGGUUGUCAUGGAGAUGGCCCCAGAGGGCACCCAGUAUGCCAGCUCCCACCCCGCCUCCACACCCCUUUCGUACUGCGUGGACCAUCCCUUCCUGUUCCUGGUGAGGGAUGAGGCCUCGGGGGCACUGCUCUUUAUUGGCAAGGUGGUCAACCCACGCAAUCUGAGGAUAUAAACACAGACACACACUGCAUUCUAAGCAGGUCCUAGGAGGGUAUCAGCCAUCGUUAAGCUUAAGCUUCUUUGUGUCAUAAAUGCACAAUAUGAGAGGGUGGAUAAGCAGCUAUAUUUACCCAUUGAUCAUAUAAUACAGUUUCUUAGUCAUGUAUGAAAACCAUGCAUACCAUUCAGACUACAAGUUCAGACCAAAAGUCUGAACACUCACAACUGAUAGUCUCAAGUUGUUUUCAGGGAAAAUAAUUUGUGAUUGAAAAGUACACCUCUCAUAAUUUUUAAAUAAAGGCACAAACUUUAACCCCCCCAAAAUACUCUUCAUAAUAUUGUCAAUUGCGAUGCAAUAAAUAAACAUUGAAGUUAAGUCUU